UACAGUAUUCUGCAAUGGCAUUGCGUAACCUUUUCGUGCUGGGUUUGUUGCUUCUAGUAUGCCUCUCUAAUCUGAUGCAGGUUUCAUCUGAGCAUGAGAUAGAAAUGGAAGAAGAAGAUGAAGAAGAACUUCAGCUACCUAAUGAGUUGCUUACUGUGCGAGACGGCAACAGAAGGCUAAUGCAAGACAUAGAUUGUGGAGGAUUGUGCAGUUCGAGAUACAGUGUACAUUUAAGGCCUAACUUGUGUAACAGAGCAUGUGGAACUUGUUGUGUGAGGUGCAAGUGUGUUCCACCUGGUACUUCUGGUAACAGGGAGCUUUGUGGAGCUUGUUACACUGAUAUGACAACCCAUGACCUGCACAAGAAAAACAAAAGCAGCAACAACCAACAAUCCGCAGCAACUUUCCUCCACACCAACCAUAACCUGCACUUCCACAAGUCAACGCAGAAAAAUCAAUAG